ACUUCAAGUUUUUGCACAUAUAUACAACAUUAACGACAGGAUCCAUGCACGCAUCAACCCCAACAAUGGUGCAGUGUUCCUCUCUCCUUUUCAUUGCCUUCCUCGUCGCAUUCUCCUUCACUUCUUCCUCCAGCGCCAACUCACUACAAACCUACGUGAUUCAUGUCCAACGAAACAUCGCCGACGAUUUUCCCACCAACAAUGCCGACGAUCUCGAGACUUGGUAUAGAUCCUUCUUGCCCCAGAUAGACACCAAUUCUGUCGUCGACGACUCAGAUCGCUUGGUCUACUCCUACAGCAAAGUCUUCAGCGGCUUCGCUGCCAGGCUAACCGAUGAGGAACUCAACCUGACGUCGAAGAAACCGGGUUUUGUUCGAGCCUUCCCGAACGCAGUCAUUCCCCUUCUCACCACUCACACUCCUGAUUUCCUCGGUCUCAGAGGCUCCGCUGGCCUCUGGAACUCCACGAACCUCGGGAAAGGCGUAAUCGUCGGCGUUCUGGACUCCGGCAUUCUCCCCGGUCACCCUUCGUUCGACGAUAACGGUGUUCCGCCUCCUCCUGCCAGGUGGAAGGGCCGAUGUGAUUUCGGCCCCGGCGGCUGUAACAACAAGAUCAUCGGCGCUAGAGCUUUCCUGAGCGGUAACGAUGCAGCGUCAAAUGCGACUGAUCCCACGGACGACGAGGGCCACGGCUCGCACACCGCGAGCACGAUCUCCGGCAAUUUCGUCCGCGAUGUUGGUUCUUUUGGGACCACUGAUCGGAGUUUUCGGGCCACGGUCAAGCUCGGCGACGGCAGGGAGUUUUAUGGCGAAAGUUUGUAUCAGCCUAAGAAUUUCACGUCUCGGCCUCUGCCGCUGUCUUACCAUCGCAACACUUGUCCUGUUUUCGCCAAUCGCGACGGCCUCGUGUUGUGUGAUCCUAGCCGCGAUAGCAAUUCAAAUCUUAUUGGAGCCGGCGCAGCUGUGAACGUUGGCGCCAUCCGCGUCAAUUCGGAAGAACAGGGGUAUACCAUUCCGGCGAGUGAUCUUCCAUACCCGGGCUCUGCGGUAUCCUUUGCCGAUGGAGUAAAAAUCAAAGAAUACAUAGCGUCGGUAAAUAAUCCUACAGCCUCAAUCAGCUUCAACGGGACAGUUCUUGGCGUGUCUCCGGCUCCCACUGUCGCUUUCUUCUCGUCUCGCGGGCCAAGUUUAGUCGUCCCCGGUCUUCUAAAGCCAGACAUCAGCGGCCCAGGUUUGAACAUUCUCGCAGCCUGGAACAGAAAUGCCAACUCAAGAUCAAGCUACAAAGUCCCAUUCAACGUCGUCUCAGGCACGUCGAUGGCAACUCCGCAUAUCAGCGGCGUUGCAGCUUUAAUCAAGAGCCUGCAUUCCGACUGGUCGCCUGCUAUGAUCAAGUCCGCCAUCAUGACAUCCUCAGAUUUUCAGGAUCGAGACGGCAACAGGGUCAAAGACGAGCAGCUCGAAGACGCGAGCUUCUACGCGAUGGGAGCUGGCCAUGUUAAUCCCUCGAAGGCGGCUCGGCCUGGACUAGUUUACGACUUGGCCGCAGAUGACUACAUUGCCUAUCUUUGUGGUGCGGUGGGAGAGAAUGGUACUUCGAUUGUCGCUCGAAGAAGCGUGAGUUGCUCCGGUGUGAAGACCGUAAAGGAUUUUGAGCUCAAUUAUCCAACGAUAACGGUGGCCGCUGCUUCAACUUCUGGCGGUGUGACGGUGAAUCGAACGGUGACGAAUGUUGGGAGUGCAACGGCGGAGUAUAAGGCGGAGGUUGAUGUGCCGGAGGGGGUUAACGUGACUGUGACGCCGGGUACCCUGAAUUUCUCGAAGGUAAAUGAGAAGUUGACGUUUUCUGUUAGCGUGACGGCGGCCGCUGCUGCUGAAGGGAAUUUGAAGUGGAUUUCGGGUGAUACUGUGGUGAGGAGCGCUUUGGUCGUCACUGCAUAAAAAAAAUUGACCCGAUGUUGUUGGUCAUGUCCUCAGUAACUUAGGUGAUGGAUUAUUCGAUGUUAGAAU